AUGGAGCCCCUCAAGGACGCACAUGGGAGCCCUGUGCGUCUGACGGCGGAAGCUCUGCAAGGCGCGCUCCUGGACCCGAGCCGAGACGUGGUGGACCUCGGGGGCGCCGUGGUGUGUCUGCCCCCGGGCAGGAUGGUGACUGUCAUCGAGGAGCACUACGUGGAGGAGGAGGAGUAUUACGAUUCAGAGGUCCGACUGACUCCGGGCAAGAAGAAGCUGUUCGGCGGCACCAAGAUGGUCGAGACGAUCGUCGAGGUCAGGAAGUUGCGCUGCACGCCCAAGACGAGGUGGACCGAGCUGCCCGAGGGAGCGGAGAUGCCCCCCGACGGCGGCUACAGCACCAAGAAGGUCUGCUCGCUCGAUGGGUGCAGCAUCAGGUUCGACAGAGCAGGCGUGACGCUGCGCAACGGGACGAUCGAGUUUGACAUGGCGGCCGCGGACGAGUACAGGAACAAGCCCAGUGGGCUGCUCAUGGUGACUGCCCCAGGGCUGCGGCUCGAAGAUGUCGAAAUCGUGGUUCGUGGCGGUGGUCCAGGCUCUGGGCGGGGAAUCGCGGUGGUGGCGUCGACGGGAGGCGGGAUCGUAACGCUCGAGGGAUGCAACAUCGCGGUGGAGGCCGCUCAAGGGACAGGCAGGGCUCACGCGGGCGUGAAAUGCGUGCUGUCGGCGGAGGACGGCGGGCGCGCCACGCUGUCGAACUGCGGAGUCGUUUGUCAGCACGCGUGCGCGCUGCGCGUCGCGGGCGCCGGCAGCCGACUGGAGCUUCAACAGAGCCGCCUCAGCGGCGCAUCCAUCAUGGCCGACCUCGGUGGCGUGCUGCGCGUCGACGGCGGGGAGGUCACGAACGUCAAGGUCGGCGUCACUGUCCGCGGGCCGGACAGCGUGGCGGAGAUGCGGGAGUGCACCGUGCGGCACGAAGGGACUGCGGCACAGGUCCUCGGAGGCGGGGCGCUGGAGCUGCGGGAGUGCACGCUCGAGGCAGGGCGCGGCGACAUGGCAUGCAGCCUCGAGGUGUGCGGCGAGGGCAGCGUGCUCUCGCUGCGUGGGGGCACCGUCGCGGCGGGCGGCAAGCACGCAGUCGUGGCCUCUGACGGCGGUCGGCUCGCGGCGUCGGGGGUCGUGGUCAGGAGCACGCAAGAGAGGCCGUUUGUUGGGAUGGACGCUGGCACCGUGUUGGAGGUGGCGAAAGACGUCAAGUACGAGGUUGCUGCCGACGACGAUGACGCGGACGAUCCACGGGGGCGGCUGGUGGCCGUGGACGAAGGGGUCAGUUUGAAUAAGCUGCUGAGCGAGCGCAAGGACGCGGAAUUCACUCUCGCUGCGCUCAUGGAGCAGCACAGCGUGGCGAACCUGCGAGCAGCACUCAACAGCUGCCCCGGACAGGUCGUGGAUCUGCAUGGGCGGGAGGUGCGCGGCGGCGGCGCGGACACAGUGGAAAUGACACGUCCUGGCGUGACCCUUAGCAACGGCAAGUUGAGGGGCCUGCGGCUCCUCGUCACGCCGUCAGCGCACGGCGUGCAGGUGAACAACAUCACUGCAACAGGCUACAACUUCAGCGGAGACCGUCCUCAAGGGGCGAUACAGGUCGAGGGCGCGCGUGGUGUGGUUCUCAAUGCAUGCAAGCUCGACGGGAACAUCGGCAGUCGCGCGAACGGCCUAGUGUUGCGCGGAGGUGCGAAGGUGACGAUGGAGGGCGACGGGUCCAGCGCGAGCGGCAACGGCGAGUCUGGUGUGGUGGCAUAUGAGAGCGGCACGGAGCUGCUGAUCCGCGACGCGACGUGCAGCAAAAACGUGAAGCUCCAGGGCAUCGCGGCGGAGCAAGCAGCCAAGGUGAGCGCGCACCGCGCGUGUCGCUACAACGAGGUGCCGCGACGCAAGGUCGGUGCGCGGCCUCUUGGACAGGACGCAACUGUCUCGGGCGUGCGAGUGUGCAGGUGA